AUGAAGCCCGGUGCUCUGCUCCUCCUGCUGGCAGAUGUUUUAGCAGUCGGUUCAACUAUAUCGAGCCCAAACAACUGCUCCAUGAAAACAUGUACUCCAAAUACAGACAUGGUCGAGGCCAGUACAUGUGGACCCACGGAUGUUUGCCUCGGCAACAACACGUGUGGAUCACCGCCCUCCUUUGUGUGCACUGUGACCGGCUCCACAGUCAUUGAUUUCCACAGCAGAGUCCACUCCGUCCAGGAUCGCUGUGAUUACGUGCUAAUGACGCCUACAAAUGACACUAGCAUUGGGCUCGUUGCGGGUUUCCGGGAGCGACGCCGUAAAGAUGUGUCAUUUUUGGCCAACUUGAUGAUAAUGCUGCCAAAUGGAUUCAUUAGUCUGCAACAAGGUGGAAGAGUUCUGGUGUCUUCACAGUCACAAACACUGACGCUCAACACCACGACUCUGCUGGUUCACGGUGUCGAGCUCUCCAAGGACCAGACUGGAGUUAUUGCCAGGAUGCCGUUCUCCAACAUGACGGUCUUCUUUGACGGCAACACCGCACAUGUGACAGGUCCAAUGGAAGCUGUAGAUGGUUUGUGUGGCAACCCCUCCAAUCAAAGCCAGACCACCCCCCUGGGUGCUAUGCAGAGAAUUUUGCCUGGCUGCAACAUUCAGCACAACGACACCGUCGAUGGUACUAUCAACUGCAACCGCUCCACUGAACACUGUGCUCUUCUGAGACAGCCACCCUUCACUGCUUGUCACAGCAGCAUUGACCCAGAGCCCUACGUGGACGCCUGCAUUAACACUACGUGCAAUUACCCGGAGGUGGACGGUCUCAAAUGCCAGUUCUUUGAGGCUUACGCCAAGGCCUGCAACCUGAGAGACAACAUCACACUGGGCGCCUGGAAGUCAGCGGUCAACUGCUCUGCUGACCCUCAGGCCUUCUGUCAGGACCAGUACUGCAGUGAUCAUGAGUUCUGUGGUGGGAAUCCCGGUUUAGAACGCUGCUACUGUCGGGCCUUGUUUGCCUCCAAGUACAAACCAACGGGCGCUUUAGGCGAGCCGACAGUCUGCGUGCAGAGCUCUGCCACUGUUGAUCUGGCUGGAUGUCUGCUGCAGGACAAAGGCAUCGACUACUCCACCCUUCACCUCAACGACCCCAACUGCAAAGGCCACAUGGACAACCAGACCCACAUGGUGUCCUUCAGCUUCGACAGCAGCAGCACGUGCGGGACCAAGGUUACGUCAAACAGCAGCCAGAUCCUCUACAAGAACACCAUCAGGACGUUGAACAUCUCCACUUCCAGCAUCAUCACCCGUCACGACCAAGUUCAGAUCGACUUCUCCUGCCUUUACACAAAGCCGGACAUCAAGAGUGUGUCCUUCAGGAUCAAAGACAGCUCUGUGGUGCAGCAGAUUGUAUCUGGAGUUUGGAACUACACUCUGAUGAUGAGCGCCUACACCGACGCCAACCGCAUGGACCUUGUCUCGCCGAGCACUGAGGUCCAGCUGAACCAGAAGAUCUGGCUGCAGCUGAAGACGGAGGGGCUGGACGGCAACAUGGUCGUCAUAGUGACCGACUCCUGCUGGGCAACCAACCAGCCGGCCCCUGAUAGCAGUCUGAAAUACAACCUCAUCAUUAACGGAUGCUCUAACCCAGCUGACCAGACGGUGAUGAUGCAGGGAAACGGACAGGGAACCUCCAACGUAUUCUCUUUCAACAUGUUCGAGUUCUCUGGGGAAAGUUCCGAAAUCUACCUGCACUGCAAACUGGAUCUGUGCCCCAAACAGGGCAAUACCUGUGCUCCGACGCAGCAGAAACACAAGCCGCUCGGACUCUCCACCCUGCGGGAGCGUCUUCGGGUGGAGCUGCUCGUCUGA